AUGCACCAACCGCUACCCGCCGUCACGCAGCAUCCCCAACGAACUACGACGAUCAAACAUAAAACAAGAAAAGCGGGUUUCGCAGUUACCACCAACCGCUGCUGUUUGGAAUCCUUUCUUGCCCCUCCACCUCGGAUUACCUUGCUCUCUCUGGCCUCCGCCUCAUCCUACGCCGCGUGUUGUUUAGGUGGUGCAGGCGCAGUGCAGUGUGACAAAGCGACAAAGUCUCGACAAGGCGAUCCAAACCCCACGCAGGCGCCCAAAAGGAAAGCCGCUGGCGCUUUGGGAUUCGCGCUUUGGGAUUCGCGCUUUGGGAUUCGGGAUCGACCUGCCCCGCCAGCCAGCCGCAGCCGGCGCAAGGAUCUGUCUGGGACUCUUGGACAGUUACAGUUGUUCUCAGAUACAGCAGUCCAACUCGCAAUCCUUCGGCGCUUCUCGAUUGCUUGCCAUCUUGUCCCAAAUAUCUACUUAACUGCACUGUCUGGACUUGGACACUCCUCGACUCUCUUCUCCUCUUCUCAAAUUCUCAUCGUCGCAUUGUCGCAUCAUCGCAUCAUCGCAUCAUCCCGAAAUCAGAAACUACCCCCUCCACGACCACCCCUCCACCCCACCCCACCAUCUCGCCAACGGGCCCUUCAGGCUUCAGCCGCUGUUAUGGCGAGCUAUCAGCAGUAUGCGCAGCUCGGAAAGGGUGCCGCCGAGCGCUCAGCCGCUGCCAGUAAAUCAUCGUACCAGAACAGGCGAGACCAGACCAGGCGUCAAGGUGCGAGACGUGGCGAGAGCGCAUGGCAAGGGUUCGAUCAGAGAAACAGCCCAAUUGAGCCUACAGGCCCUACACCAGUAAGACUUGGACCCGGCGGACCAACACUACCUACAUCCCUGGCCUCAAUAUCGAGCGAGGCCACAGCCACAGGGAAACGCGCAAGCUCAUCUGCGAACAUGCCCCUGGAUUCCAAAAAUGUCCUCGGAUAG